GGCCUCAGACGAGCUCAUGGCGUCCACAGCAAUUGAAUUUACCGCCGGAUAUGGGUGAAGGAAGCGGAAGUGACGCCGACAUCGUAGCGGCCAUCAUGUCGGUGGUGUGCGGAGCGGGUCGCCUUCUCGUUUCGCCGAACCCGGUCUCAUGGAUUCUAGCCCGAGGAGCAUCGAAGAAAGCGGGAACCAGCUCCAAGAACUUAGGAGGCAAAAGUUCAGGCAGGAGAUACGGCUUCAAGAAAUUAGAUGGUGAAUUUGUCCAUGCGGGAAACAUUCUUGCUACUCAGAGAUUAAUGCGUUGGCAUCCAGGAUCCCAGGUGGGGAUCGGACGUAACAAGGCGUUGUACGCAUUAGAGGAUGGAAUUGUGCGCUACACUAAAGAAGUCUUCAUCCCGCCCCCGCGCAGCAGCGACACCGACGCCGUCAUCAGUAAGCUGCCUUUCGGUGCCGUCCUCUACAAAACCUUUGUAAAUGUCAUUCCUAAGCAGAGGGCGCACAGCUUCAAACUCGUGGACAUAAAAUGACGACUGGAGAUUGUACAUAUUGUAUUCAAUUAAACUUUAUUA